UCAGCUGAUUUGAUUUUCAGGUUAGCUCAUUUUGUUUUUCCACAUGUGAUCUGAUCUGUUUUCAAAGAUUCAUUUUUUCCGACUGAAUAAUUCUGAAACGAAAAACGAAAAAAACAAUGUUACAUCAUUAUUCAAAUAUUCAUUGUUUGGCUUCAUUGGCUAUCUGUCAAUUUACCAGAAAAUGUCAUCAAAUUUAUCGAAAAAAUCAUUCAUCAACGAUGUUGAUGAUGAAACAUAAAAAGAAAACAAUGUUGGCAUUUAGUUUUGGAAGUUUUUUUGGUUUGUCGAAUUCUUCGAAUGAUAAUCCUUAUAAUUCAAAUUAUGAAUUUAUGUCCGAAUCAAUAACACCAAAAGAUGAAUUAUUAUUAUUAGCAAAAAAUGGUUCAAUGCGUCAUCAAUUUGAAUUAUUUGUUAUGCAAGUUCAACAAGAAUUUUGUCAAGCACUGGAAUCAAUGGAACAAAAAUAUACGGAUGAAAUUGAUGAAACAAAAAUAAAACGAUUUCAAUCUGAUCGUUGGUUGAGAGAAGAAGGUGGUGGUGGUAUCACUUGUAUCAUACAAGAUAGUACCGUAUUUGAAAAAGCUGGUGUUAAUAUAUCGGUUGUACAUGGACAAUUACCACCACAAGCAGCUGCACAAAUGCGUUCACGUGGUAAAUAUCUUUCCACUACGGAACCAUUAAAAUUUUUUGCUACUGGUGUUAGUUCAGUUAUUCAUCCACGGAAUCCAAAUGUACCAACAUUACAUUUUAAUUUUCGUUAUUUUGAAAUUGAAUCAAAUGAAGAUAAAAAAUCAAAUCAUUGGUGGUUUGGUGGUGGUACUGAUAUGACACCAUAUAUUCUAGAUGAACAAGAUGCCCGGCAUUUUCAUCGUCAAUUAAAACAAGCAUGUGAUAAACAUGAUUUAAAUUAUUAUCCAAGAUUUAAAAAAUGGUGUGAUGAUUAUUUUCAUAUUCAACAUCGUAAUGAAAGACGUGGUAUUGGUGGACUAUUUUUCGAUGACAUUGAUUAUCCGGAUCAAAAACGUGCCUUUGCAUUUAUUAAAGAUUGUGCACAUUCAUUAGUACCAUCAUAUAUACCGAUUAUUGAACGUAAUGUUCGAAAACCAUAUUCAUAUAAUGAUCGUCAAUGGCAAUUAAUUCGUCGUGGUCGUUAUGUUGAAUUUAAUCUUAUUUAUGAUCGUGGUACAAAAUUUGGCCUAAUGACACCUGGUGCACGUUAUGAAAGUAUACUAAUGUCAUUACCAUUAGUUGCACGUUGGGAAUAUCAACAUCAAGUUGCUGAAAAUUCUAAAGAAUCCAAAUUGAUGGAGGUUUUAAAAAAUCCACGUGAAUGGGUUUGACAAGAAAAAUAGUGAUGGACUGAAAACAAACACACAAAAAAAAUUCCAGAGCAAAAAA